AUAUAUUUACUAGUAAAAUUCUCAAAUACACAGUGAGAAGAGGAAAAAAGGGAGUGACCGAGAGAAAGAAAGAUCAGCAGAAGAAGAAGAACAGUUCAGAGAUUUUUUCGAUUCUCUCUAGGGAGAUUUUUGAGAGAAGAAGAGUAGGGGAUCGAUUUAUGUCGUCUAGUUCUUCAAUUGAUCUGUUAUUGAUUUCAUCUCUGGUCAUAAUCUCCUUCCUCUGUUGCUGUAUUUGCAUGCAAUUUUGCUCUCUUCAACCAACGAAAAUAGAGUUUCAAACAGCUUCGAUGCGUUUGAGAUCAAUACGGACUGGUUCUGGCGUACAAUAUUUUGGGGUUUAUCACUUAAAACGAUUUAUACUCAAAAAACAAUUUAGGAUUUUCACCUGAUAGUAAAAUUUUUUUUGAUUUUGAUUGUCUAAUUGAGGAUUUUAUUUCGAAGAUUUUUUGGAGAUUUUUGUGAUUUUGUAAGAUUAGGAAUGGCUGCACCCCUUAGGAAGAUUAUGAGGGGGAAGAAAAAGAAUGUUACUUUCUCGGAAUCAGUUACUGCCAAACCACCACCGAUGAGAACAAUUAGGAUUAUAUGCCGAGAUCCUGAUGCUACUGAUUCUUCUUCAGACGAAGAAGAAGAAGAAGUAAUUGAGAAGAAGAAGAAGAAGGGAAUUAAGAAAUUCAUUCAGGAAUUUAGAGUCCCAUUUCCUAAACCAGCUCCUGCUGAUGAGGACAAUGGUUGUGUUGGUGCUGUCACAUUUACUAAACCAACAUCAUCAGCUCUUAAGAGAAACAUACUGAAGAGAAGAGUUGUCAAAAAGGAGAAUUCUUCUUCUGCUGCUGCGACUACAACGACUGGUCCUAAAAAAUUCAAAGGAGUUCGACAGAGGAAAUGGGGUAAAUGGGCUGCAGAGAUUAGAGAUCCUAUUCAAGGGGUCCGAAAAUGGCUAGGUACUUUCAAUACAGCUGAAGAAGCUAAGGAUGCUUAUGACACAGCUGCAAGGAACUAUGAAUUGCAAUUGGAAGGUAUUGUCCUCCCAGAGAAGAAGAGAAAUGUCAAUAUUGAGGAAGUGCUAACAAGGCAUUCUCUCCGUCAUCAGAAGCCUUCAGAAUCAGUUGAUUUCCAAGAUUCUUCACGGUUAUCGCCUUCAUCUGUUCUUGAUGUUACUUGUUCAGCUGCAGCAGGUUAUGAUAAAGUUUCUGCAGGUAGUAAUUCAGUCAUGGCUACCGAAGAAGAAGUAGAAACCAAGUUUAUGCGUCAGCAAUAUUAUAAGCAGGAACUUGGUUUUCAGAUGAAUGAAGCAUCAUCACCCAUGUCUUCGUUUGCGCCACAGGAUGGUCUUUUGUAUGAAGAUGGGUUUGAAGCAUUGAAUGAUGUUCCAUUUGAGCCUUUUGACUCCUGGAAUGAUUUCAGAGGAUUGGAAAAUGGCGGGUUUCCUGAAUUGGGUUUUGAUUGUUUUCAAGAUGGGGAGCUUUUCAUUUAAAACAAUAACAACUAGGGCUUAAUAGGAUACUCUCUUGGGGAGAGUCGGAUCAUGGGAUUUUUCUGGGCUGUUAGAGCUGUCCCGUGUUUCUCUUUUUGUUAAUCUGUCAAGUUAAAUUUCGUGUGUUUAGUUAAAUUUUCUAAAUCAGUACCUGCACACCAGAAUUGGUGGUGCAAUUGGAAUAGAUAUCUUGUUAUGCACCA